AGUUCCAGCCCCAGCCCCAGCCCCAGCCGCAGCCGCAGCCCCAAAGAAACGUCCGCUCAGUUCGUGUUUCGUGAUCAACGCUCUCGGUUGGCAUUCGUGUGUGUCUGUGUCCGUGUUCGGGUGGAGCACAACACUCUUCGGCAAUUCGGUCGUUCGGUUCCAGGGACCCACACGGCAUCCCUACGUUUCAGUUCUGAUUGGAGAUUCGUGCGCCGCCGUUGAUAGUCCGAGUACGCGGCGUUUCCCUGCAGCCGCCAUCAAGCUUUGAAGCUUUUAUUAUUUUGCAUUUCGUUUUGGCUUCAUGUUCGCGCUUGUCUUCCGUUUUCGUCUCCUAUAUUAUUCGCUUGUGGACUAUGUUUUUGCACAACUGUUUAUGAUUUGAUUCGUCUGCAACUGCAACAGCAACUGCAACAGCAGCAACAACUACACAUUCAAACGAAUCCAAAACACACAACAAAACAAACCAACAAAAAGUGCUCUAGUGUUGCAAAACUUACCAAAACCCCAAGAACAGACGACAGCUCACGGAUUACUUCCAAGAAUAUUGCAAGAAACGCACGCCCUGGAUUAUAUGUUCUGUACUUUAAGACGAUUGUCAGGAAGCAGGACAAGUUCCAAGUACCUUAAAUGAUACCCGCGCGCUACGCCUAACAAUUGAAUGAAGAUCACUAUAUAGGGUAUCCAGACAGAUCACCCCGUCCGAAAAUCGAAUCAAUCAGCAAAAGGCAACCGCAACCACAACGGCUUCCAAAUGAAGAUGGCAUCCCAACGAUUCUGCCUGCGAUGGAACAAUCAUCAGAGCAACCUGCUGUCGGUCUUCGAUCAGCUACUCCACGCAGAAACCUUCACAGACGUGACGCUGGCCGUGGAGGGACAAUACCUAAAAGCACACAAGAUGGUGCUAUCCGCCUGCAGUCCAUACUUCAAUGCUCUGUUUAUCAAUCAUCCGGAAAAGCAUCCGAUUGUCAUACUAAAGGAUGUGCCCUACUCCGAUAUGAAGUCGCUGCUGGACUUUAUGUAUCGCGGCGAGGUGUCCGUGGAUCAGGAGCGUCUUACCGCAUUCCUGCGCGUGGCCGAGAGCCUGCGCAUCAAGGGCCUCACCGAGGUGAACGAUGAUAAGCCCUCGCCGGCAGAGAGCACACCGGCGGCAGCAGCAGCGCCACCACAGUUACAGCGCAUUCAGCCGUAUCUGGUGCCUCAGCGCAAUCGGUCACAGGCCAGCCUUUUGGCCAGCACCGCAAGUGCCGCCAAUAGUGCCACACUGCCGGUGCAGCCGUCACUCCUCAGCUCCGCCCUGAUGCCCAAACGUAAGCGGGGCAGGCCCCGCAAGUUGUCCGGCAGCUCGAAUGGCACCGGCAACGACUACGAAGACUUUGAACGCGACAACCUCAUGAACGACUCGGACAUGGGCAAUGGCAAACUGGUAAACGACUCCUACUCUGGCAACGAUGAUGGCUCCGAUGAUCAACAGGAAUCUGGCAAUAAUGAUGAUUUAAAUGAAAGUCGCGAUUCUCUGCCCUCGAAACGAUCAAAGAAUUCCAAGGAUCAUCGUGUGGUAAAUCAAGCAGAAGACAACAGCACUUCCGAUGGCAACGACAGCGAUGGCGAUGGCAUGGAUGCCUCGUACAUGGAGCCACAACUGAUGCUGGACGAGUACGAUGAGCCCGUGGAAUUCAAAUACAAUCCCGUCACCGACAACAGCUCGCCCACGCAGGAUCAAACCGAUGCAGGUGGAGCCGGCAGCAACAACAACAACCACCUCAACGAACAGGCUCGCCAGCAGGCGCUCCUGAUAGCCGCUCAACGUAAACACCAUGUGGAGACGGCGGCAGCAGCGGCGGCAGCCACAUCCGGCGUAAGCAGUGGCGGACUCAAGAUGAACAUCAUCGGAAUGGCCGCUGGAGGGGCGCAGGUGAAGAGUAUGGUCAGCAUACCGAAGCUCACGCCCAUUGGCAAGGCGAACGCUGCCUCCACGCCGCUAGUGUCGCCCGCAUCGUCCUCAUCGGCCAGGCCGCGUGUGCAGAAGCGCCCGAAGACGGGCAAGCUGAAUGGCGAGGUGAAGGGUGUGUUCACCAGCCAGGACUACCUCGAUCUGUACAACAGCAGCGACGGAUUCAAGUUCAAGGCGACCGGUUCGCUGAGCGGCAGCACGCCGAAUCUGAGCGGCGGCGUCACCAUUGGCUCGCCGGCCGUCAAGACCAAGCUCAAUCUCAGCAGCAAUAUUGGGGAGGGCGACACGGAGGGCUCCGUCCGGGACUAUUGCACCAAAGAGGGCGAGCACACGUACCGCUGCAAGGUCUGCUCGCGCGUCUACACGCACAUCAGCAACUUCUGCCGGCACUAUGUGACCUCGCAUAAGCGCAACGUCAAGGUCUAUCCGUGUCCCUUCUGCUUCAAGGAGUUCACGCGCAAGGACAAUAUGACCGCGCACGUCAAGAUCAUUCACAAGAUCGAAAAUCCCUCAACGGCGCUGGCCAGCGUUGCAGCCGCCACUUUGGCCAAUCAGCCGCUGGGCGUUUCUGGUGGUUCAACGCCACCGCCUCCAGAUCUGAGUGCCCAGAACUCGAAUCAGUCGCUGCCCGCCACCAGCAAUGCGCUCUCCACCUCAUCAUCGUCGUCCACCUCGUCAUCGAGCGGCUCCCUGGGUCCGCUGACGGUGGCCACGACACCUGCAGCUCCCGCUGCGGCGGCGCAGUAAUCUCCCCCUGACCCACAUACCCAUAAACUAUAUAGCACCCACCCAAGAAGAAAUCCUCAGACACACACAGACAGAGACAGAGAGGUUGACUCCAGGAGAAGCAGCCACACAAUAUUCCAGCAGAAUCCAAUGGGGGAGGGGAAUCUAAGGAUCGGGAGGAGAAGCAGGCGCCAGGCGCUCGCUGUUGCAGGGGGGACCGGGGGGUAGAUUUUUUUUGUUGAUUUUGUUUUUAGUUAUUUACUUCUGGCUUUUGUUUUAUAAUCUAACUAUUAUUUUGCGUUUCUCUUUUAUUGAACGAGAAUAAGAAUAAUUCGAGAGAAAAUGCCGGGCAACGUGGAAAUCUUUGAUUAUCCAAAAGGCGAGCCAAAACGGUGUAUUUCCUCAACAACAAAAUAACCGUUUAGCAGUCUUUAUAUUACAUAUAAAUACAUAUUAUAAUAUGUUGUGCAAUUACUUUUCCAAAUCCAAUCCAACCCAAACCGAACCGUACCGAACCCUUUAUUUUUAGCCAUAAGUCAAACCCGCACGCCCUCACUUCCAAAACUAAUCCUAAACAGACAAAAAACAAAACAAAAACCACCAAUGCGAUUACUAUUUUUACGGAUCGAAAUAUAUCUAAAUAUAUUUCAAUGAAAAACAAAAAUCAUUGUAUGUUGUGGACACCAGAGCGGCCUUAUUAAAAGAAUCGACAUGUCACUGGGGCAGGGGCAAAGACCGAAACUAAACAUAAAAAAGAAAACCUUCUGCACUUUUAGUUAAUUACAAAAACAAAAUGUAUCUGCAUAACUUAAGAUACAGAAUAUAAAUAUACACAAAUAUCUAUACACAUUGAAUGGUAUGUUUAGCACGUAGUUCUAUUAAUUAAUUUAUCAUUAUCUUAUGUUCAGAUAUGCUUAUGUUAAUAUACUAUACACUAUCUAUAUUAUUAUUAUUACAUCUUACGAAUCGAAAGCUAAACACAACGGAAACGGAAAGAGCAAACAAAUUGUAAUGUUAAUCAUAUGCGAGGAGGGAGCGCAAAUCUACCUUGUUGCCUUCAAAUGAAGCUAGUUAAAAGUUAAAUCCGAGUCUGGGCGCAAGGUCCUCUUUUGUGACCCCCAGUCACUCACACCACACCCCCACAAACACACACACACGCACCCUAUACAGAUAGAUGCCACUCCCCACAGGAGAUAUCCAAAGAAAGAUUGCAAAUGUUUCGUUGGUAUCGAUUGUGGGGAUGGGUUGGGUUGUCGAUUAUUAAUCGAUCACUGAUCGUCUAUAAAUUGUAAUUACAAAUAGUAACAGCAACAAUAAUAUACAAUAAUAAUUGUAAUGAUAAUAUUAUUAAAUUAAUGAGCAUAAACAAGUAAACAUAAUUUAUCAUCAAUCUAUUAAACGAUUUAUGUUGUAUAUCGGAGGCUUAAAUUAUCGCCAAAGAAAAUGAAAAUCAAAAGCAAAAGCAAAAACCUAAACGCUAAAAUGCAGUUGAAAAAUCCAAACAGAGACGAAAAACCGCAGCAUACAGAAAGAAAAAAAAUAGAGAAUGUUAAAAUUACAAAUUUGUUGUUGUUAAAGCAAAACGAUCUCCAAAAACAAACAAAAAAAAACAAAACAAAACUGAAAGGUUUAAAAUCUGCAAAGAAGAAGAAUAAAUACAAAACAAAAAUAAACAACCGACAACAAGAAAAAGUUUAUUCCUCGAGUCAUGUGAAAACGUUAAAAUUUUUGACACAAACAAAAAAAAAUCCACUGAAAAACUGCAAAAAGAAAAUUCAGCAAAAAAGAAAAACAUACAAAAAAAUAUAAAUUAAACCUAAAAAUUAUGCGCAAUCCAAUAAUAAACAAGCUGCGUACGCUAAUUUAUUAAAUAAUUUUGUUUUUAAUUCUUUAUUUAGUGGUAGCUAGUGCAAUUUAGUCCGUAAGCCGCCGUCGACCCCACACCACCAACCUAACAAUCUCCACCCACAGAAUCACCACAAUUUCAAGGAUUUCUUCUUCUAUGUCUAACCCAAAAGAAUCAUCUUCCAAUCUUUUGUUUUUUUGGCGUUAAUUAUAAAGAAAAACAAUCAAAAACUAAAAACAUUUAAAAAUCAAACACAAUAUAUAUUGUAGAUUGUUUGUACUAUAUUUUACUUUUAUUUUUAGUCUACUUUUUAUAUAUAUAUCUACACUAUAUCUACACGUAUUUUUUGCAUUCAAAGAACUUAAAAAAACAAACAAAAAAUCAAAUCAUCCUCGGCAAUUUUCUCGCUUUCAAACGAUGUCCACAACACUCGAACACUUUACGAGGAAUCAAUCAAACAAUCAAUCAAUCAAUAUACAUAAUAUAUAAUAUAUACGAGUAUAUAAAGAGUCAUGCUUUUGAUGCCCAAAGAAAUAUAUGAAUAUACGCAUAUGUAUAUAAAUAUAUCUGACCAGAUCUUUCCAGAAUAUCGCAGGGCAAACAAACUUCCAUUUGUGAAUGAGAAAAUUGUCUGCAAAUUCGUUGGUAAACUUGGUUUCCGUUUAAAAUUAGCUAAAUACGAAAAUACGAUACGAUUUAAUGAUAAUGCAUAAUUAUAAAAUACAUAAAAAAACCCUAACUACUAAAUAGUGAAUCACACGCAAUAUUAAUCAGAUAUCAGAUAUAUAUAUAUCUUUAUGUAUAACUAAUUUUUUGUUAUAGUAGGAUGGCGAAAGCAAGAGCAAGCAGAACAUUUUAUAAUACAACAACAAACAAACAA